AGAUAUGCUGCAUUAAGUCACUGUUGGGGCAAAACAGAAUUCCUGAAGCUUGAAAAGGACAAAAUUGAGGAGUUCUCCAUAGGCAUUGCUAUGGCCCGAACCGGCAUGCCGAAGAACUUUAAAGAGGCUAUACAAGUCACUGAAAGGCUUGGGAUUCCUUUCAUUUGGAUCGAUUCGCUCUGUAUUGUCCAAGAUGACAAACAAGAUUGGAAGAUCGAGGCGGCAAAAAUGAAGGAUGUUUAUCGGUGUGCUACGUUCACAAUCGUGGCAGCAAGCGCAGCGGACAGUAGCGGUGGGCUUUUC